GUUUAAAUUUUUAUAGCAGAAUUUUAACGAGUCUCAUAAGGUUCCGAACUUUCUAACUCACGUUAAUGCUGUUUUUAAACUCUUUGAAUAAAACAUGCGUAUACAUUUUUUUAAGUUAAUUAUUAAGUUAAUUUGUGCAAAUAAUAUAAUAUUUUAGAGAAAUGUUUUCAUCAAAAUAUACGUGUUCAGUGCUCUGCACAAUUAAUAAAGAACUAUGCAAUUUUUAGAACAAAGGUUAUAAGUAAUAAAAAUAAAUAUUUUGUAUUAAAACAAUGGUUUAAACAAUGGUAACAAUGGUAUUUCUAAAUAUUGUACGUAAUACUAUUCAACCAAUUCGAUAUGCUAAACAAUUAAAGUCAGUUAAUUUGUGUAUAAUACGGAUGUAUGCAAGAUGGGUUAGUCGAAGACCGAUUGCAAUUGUUAACGAAGAUGAACUUUUCGAAAGUGAAGAUACUACUCAGCCGCAGAUUCGCGGAGAAAGGAUUUCUGCGAGAAAAUCGAGGAAAAAGAAACCGAUCCAAGAAAAAAAAAGUGAAAAAACUGAAAACACUGUAAAAAAGAAUUUAUUUACAAAACUUAAAGAAAAUGAAAAAAUUGUAUCAUCUUUGAUGAGUAAUUUAAAGUCACGAAAGAGGAGGGAAAAAAAUGAUGAAAUAGUUCUAGAAGGAAAAAGACUAAUCAUAGAUGCUAUAAAAUCUGGUGUAAUACCACAUUCAAUAAUUUUCAAUGAUUCAUCUGACAUAGCUGCAUUAAAACUUCCCAAUGAAGUUAAAUUAUACAAAGUUCCAUAUACUACAAUACAGUUGUGGUCUGCUUUAACCACUUCUCCUGGCUUGUUAGGAAUUUUUAAAACUCCGAAUGUACAUAAGAAUGAACCAGUUGAUAAUGCAUUACCACUUACUAUUGUUUGCGAUAAUAUAAGAGAACCAGGGAAUUUAGGAUCUAUUAUGAGAGCUGCUGCAGCAGUAGGCUGUGAAAAAUUAAUCCUAAUGAAAGGAUGUGUAGAUUUGUGGGACCCAAAAGUUCUCAGAAGUGCAGCUGGUACACAUUUCCAACUACCUAUUCAUGCAUUUCCAACAUGGGAUGAGAUCCCAUUGCUAAUUAAUGAAGAGAGUAACAUUUUUGUAGCAGAUAGCACUUUUGGUGAUGAGUUUUUGCACAAUUAUUCAACUGAAAUACUUCAAACAACUUUGCAAAUAUUUGAUAUUGAUCCAGAAGAUUUGAAGUCAAAACUUACUGUGGAUACUAAUAAGCAAUCAAAAGAAGAUACGGUACCAAAAAAUAAACAACUGAUGAGAGAUUUCAUGUUAAAACUACCUAUUCUUCCAUACUAUUCUGUAGAUUAUACAAAAAAGGAAUCUGUAAUUAUUUUAAGUGGAGAAACUGAAGGUUUGAAUUUUAAUUCCUAUAAAUUCUUGAAAGAAAAAAAAGGUAUUCGUAUCAAUGUACCUUUAGUAAAAGGAGUGGAUAGUUUGAAUGUGGCUGUAGCACUUGGUGUUAUUAUUUUUGAAAUUAGGAGACAAUUUUUCAAGAAAAAGGGCCUCCUCUGAUACAGAUUUUUUGAUAAGUGUUACACAUUUGUAUAAAUAAAUCCUUGGCUUUUAUUUCCAAAUGAA